AAGCUCUUGAAAAUCUCAUCACAUACCAUUCGAUUCGAUCUCGCUCUCUCUCAUCCCGCAUUGCCGGACUGCCUCCGAUAUCACAAACAGCUCAUAGCAGAGAAAGAAAGGAAGGAAGAUAUAGGCAACAUCAAACCCUCGAAUUGUUGACUUACUCCAAUAACCAAGAAAAGAGUAAUGAGGACAAACGACCCUCGCCGGAAAGGAAAGAUCGUCGCCUGCGUCAUAGCUGCCGUGAUAGCACAGACGGCCAUCAUCCUCCUCUUCAUGCUCCUGGUGAUGCGUAUCCGGAACCCAAAAGUCCGGCUCAACACCGUCUCCAUUGAAAAUCUCAAGCUCAACACUUCGACCACGUCGCCUUCCUUCAGCAUGCAGCUCCAUGCACAGGUCGCCGUCAAGAACACCAACUUCGGCCACUUCAAGUUUGAAAAAACUACCGCGAUGAUAUCCUAUCGAGGUGUUGACGUCGGAAGCGCUGACAUCGUGAAGGCCAAGGUGAGAGCGCUAUCCACAAAACGGAUGAACGUGACGGCGUCGGUCAGUUCCAAAAAAUUCUCAUCGGUCCCGCAGUUCAGGAGCGACGUCAAUUCGGGGAUCUUGACUCUGAAUGGACAUGCCAAGUUGAGUGGAAAGGUGAGGCUGUUCAAGGUUUUCAAGAAGAAGAAAUCUGCGGGAAUGAACUGCACAAUGGACGUGGAUACCAAAGCCAAAGUGAUCAAGAACUUGAAGUGCAAGUGAAAUAAAAUGCAUACAAUGCAUAGUCGUUGUAAUCUGCUUUUCCUCAAUUAAUUUCCUUCUUGUUGGAUUCGGUCGGAUUCUGCGGUUUUCUCUUCUUCUUUUUUGUUUUGCAAGUGUAUGCUAUGCUUCUUUUCUUACGGAGGGGGAUAAUUUUCGAUUGGCCUCUCAUUUGCACAUCCUUUUGUGACAUGAAUUGUUGUUCUUAUCAGAUUGA